AUGGAUAGUGAGACUAUAAAGACGGAAAGUGUGAGUGAACAGAAAAAGGAGUUAGCGCCAAAUUUACAGAAGAUAUGUCUCGUCUGCGGCGAUAAGGCACUCGGUUAUAAUUUCAAUGCCAUUUCUUGCGAGAGUUGUAAGGCGUUUUUUCGUCGUAAUGCUUUAACUAAUAAGGAGUUCAAGUGUCCCUUUACUAAUAAUUGUGAAAUAACCCUCGUAACGAGGCGUUUUUGUCAGAAAUGUCGUUUAGAGAAAUGUUUUUCUGUUGGCAUGGUGAAGGAGUUUAUUAUGUCCGACGAGGACAAGGCGGAAAAGAGACGAAAAAUAGAAGAAAACCGCGCCAAAAAGAGACAACUACAGGAUUCGGAUGAUAGUGUGUCCAGUUCUAAGAAUUUUAGACGAGAUGUUGAGAGUCCUUACACCACGCCGGUACAAGAAAGUACAAUACAGUAUGAUGUUUUAAACAGCACCACAUGCAGCCCGCACAGCUCAGCGGAGUCUCCUUUGAGCACUGAUGUAGAUUCUAUGCCUACGCCAGCCUACGGCCAAUAUGUGCCAGUGCAAACAGAGUUAUUCACAGUGAAAGGCUACCCACCGGAGGAGAAGACAAGUCCAAACCAGAGAUAUUAUGAACCCCGGCAAGAACAUUACAUGUGUGACAGUAUGGAUGGCAUUUACGAACAAACGAAACAAAAUAGUAUAAGCGCUUGUUCCAGGUCCAUCUUGACCAACGGCGAAGGAGUCUCUCAUCAGCAAGACUCGGAGCAUGUGUGCGAGGAGAUGCCUUCAACGAGCAACCCAGAAGUUAAUAAGGCCAGGGACAUACUACAAGACGUUGAGAGGAUAGAACCAAACUCUAUGGAGUCAAUAUUGUGUGAGGCAAUCAAGUUGGAAUUCGGGGCUUACUCUUCAGUUAAUAGCUGCAGUGGAUCAUCUAGAGAAUUGAAUGAGGUGGAGAGAGCCAAGCUGAAUGAGUUAAUAGUUGCUAACAAGGCGCUCCACGCUCCCAUAGAUGACGACGUGUCACAACUCAUCGGCGACGCGGCCAGCGCCGGACUCAAGGUGGGCGAAGGUAAGCACGACCCUCGCCUCAUAACGUUAGUGAACCUGACGGCCGUGGCCAUCCGGAGACUCAUCAAGAUCGCCAAGAAGAUUAACGCCUUCAAGAACAUGUGCGAGGAGGACCAGGUGGCGCUACUGAAGGGAGGCUGUAUAGAGAUGAUGGUGUUACGGAGCACCAUGACCUACGACGGACAGAGGAACCAGUGGAAGCUGCCCCACAGCCACAAGCAGUACGGCAGCAUCCAGACGGACGUGUUGAAGCUGGCCAAGGGGAACAUCUACCGCAGCCACCAGGCCUUCAUCAGCUCCUUCGAGCACAAGUGGCGCACCGACGAGAACAUCAUACUCAUCAUGUCCGCCAUACUGCUGUUCACGCCCGACCGGCCGCGGGUCGUGCACCGUGACGUCAUCAAGCUGGAGCAGAACUCAUACUACUACCUCCUCCGUCGUUACUUGGAGAGCUCGUUCGCGGGCUGCGAGGCGAAGGCCACGUUCUUGAAGCUGAUCGCCAAGAUCUUGGAACUGAGGAAGUUCGCCGAGGAGGUGACGGGCGUGUACCUGGACGUGCACCCGCUGGAACCGCUGCUCGUGGAGAUCUUUGACCUCAAACACCACGCCGCAUAG